UCCAAACCCUACGCUCGCCCUCUCAUCACCCACCACGUGGCAACUCAGGUCAUCAUCAGCACGGGCUGCCGUCCGAUUAACCAUUGAGCUCUUUCCCCAUUUGCGCCCACGGUACACCCCACCACAUCUCACGCUUCCCAACCCAAAAGCGAAAGGUCUGUUCAUUAUCUCAAUGGCGCAGAUCAGGGCUUUUGGAUAGCAUUGCCACCUCUCUCUCUCUCUCUCUCUCUCUCUCUCUCUCUCUCUCUCUCUCUCUCUAUAGAUAUAUAUAUAUAUCCCAUUUGUGAAGCAUAAUUCUCCAUCUAGCUAUUUGUGUUAAUUUGGUUGUUGUGGGAUUUAUUGGAUUUCUCUGAGAUUGAAACUUGUGGUGUUUUGUUGAGAGAAGGGACCAUAGAAAGAAGAAGAAGAAGAAGAAGAGGAAAAAAUGUUGGCGAUAUUCAAGAAAGGAUUGGCAGAUGCGCCUCAGGAGCUGAACAGCUCUGCUUCAUUUAAGGCCUCUUUGAAGCCUAAGCUUCCCCAAGAAACUCUCAAUGAUUUUCUCUCUUCCCAUUCCAACAAUGCUUUCUCUGUUUGCUUUGGAGAUGAGGCCUCACUGGCCUUUGUGCCCCCCCAAAGAUCCAUUUCCAUUCAUAAAAGGUUGUUCUGUGGAAUGGGUGACAUAUAUUGCAUCUUUGAGGGGGAGCUGAACAACCUGUGCGCCCUCCUCAGGCAGUAUGGCCUCUCAAAGAACGCCAAUGAGGCCAUGUUCGUCGUCGAAGCGUACCGGACCCUGCGGGAUCGGGGUCCCUGCCCUGCCCACCAGGUCCUCAAGGAUCUAGAAGGCAGCUUUGGGUUUGUUGUGUAUGAUGCAAAAGAUGGAACUGUUUUUGCAGCACUGGGUGCUGAUGAAAGGGUGAAGCUCUUCUGGGGUUUGGCAGCAGAUGGGUCUCUGGUGAUUUCUGAUAAUCUGCAACUCAUUAAAGCAAGUUGUGCAAAAUCAUAUGCACCCUUCCCCGCAGGGUGCAUGUUUCACAGUGAAGGAGGGUUAGUGAGCUUUGAGCAUCCAAUGAACAAGAUGAAGCCAAUGCCCAGGAUAGACAGUGAGGGAGUCAUGUGUGGGGCCAACUUCAAAGUAGAUUCCUAUUCGAAGACAAGUGGCAUGCCACGUGUCGGAAGCGAAGCCAAUUGGGCUGUUUGGGGCCCUCAUGCCUAAACGGAGAUUUAACAUCCAAACUGAAAAUAAUCCUUGUUGACCCUGAUUAAUAUGUUCUAGUUCCUGCUCUCUGUUUAACUUUACCUUCUGUUUUGUUUGUACCUGUAAAUUUAAUUGUCAUCCUCCAGUGUCCAAAUGGAAGUUGAAAAGCAAUGGGCUAUUGUUAUAUGUGUUUCCGUUUGAUUCUUGCCUUCUGAAUUCAUGAUGAACGUUCUUUCAUU